ACUCUCAGUUUCUGUCUCUUGUGCAUCUUUUGGCUGAUGGAUGACUCACGGUGGCAGUACUGCAUGGACGAGUGGCGGUUUGUUUGAGAUCUGAGAGAAAAAUAGCACAAGAAUUUCCCUCAUUUUCUAAUUUACUCUCAGUGCUGAGAGACAAAGAAGAUCCUGUGGUUUGUGACAAAUGGAGUAUAGGAAAAUCAAAGACGACCAGGAUAACAAUGGGGAUUCAGUUGCUGAAGAUAUUGAGAACUUGCGGGGAAAAUCUCUUUCUGUGAGCAAUGUAGCGGGAAGCUUGGGAGGGAGUCCAGUAGAGCGCUCCAAGUGGAAACGCAAGUCAAUCGUGACUCUUGCGUUGACUAUUCUUACGAGUUCGCAAGCAAUUCUGAUUGUGUGGUCCAAAAGAGCUGGCAAGUACGAAUAUAGUGUUACCACCGCUAAUUUUAUGGUGGAGAGUUUGAAAUGUGCAUUAUCGCUUGCAGCCUUGGGAAGGAUCUGGAAUAAUGAAGGUGUCACUGAAGAUAACAGGUUGAGUACAACUCUUGAUGAAGUUAUUGUUUACCCCAUUCCUGCGUUGCUUUAUCUUGUGAAAAAUUUGCUUCAGUAUUACAUCUUUGCUUAUGUGGAUGCUCCGGGUUAUCAGAUACUGAAGAACUUGAAUAUUAUCAGUACUGGUGUAUUGUACAGGAUUAUACUCAAGAAAAAGUUAAGUGAGAUUCAGUGGGCAGCUUUUAUUCUGCUAUGUGCUGGAUGCACAACGGCACAACUGAACUCAAAUUCUGAUCAUGUUCUUCAAACUCCUUUUCAAGGUUGGAUAAUGGCCAUUGUCAUGGCACUUUUAAGUGGUUUUGCAGGAGUUUAUACUGAGGCUAUAAUCAAAAAGCGUCCUUCAAGGAAUAUAAAUGUGCAAAACUUCUGGUUGUAUGUCUUUGGCAUGGCAUUCAAUGCGGUUGCUAUUCUGAUUCAAGAUUUUGAUGCUGUGAUGAACAAGGGAUUCUUCCAUGGGUACUCAUUUAUUACUGUAUUAAUGAUUCUCAACCAUGCGCUCAGUGGUAUUGCUGUUUCAAUGGUUAUGAAAUAUGCUGACAAUAUCGUUAAGGUCUACUCUACUUCAGUGGCUAUGCUUCUAACAGCAGUCGUUUCUCUGUUUCUUUUUGGCUUUCAUCUCUCUCUUGCCUUUUUCCUUGGCUCGAUUGUUGUCUCAGUUUCAGUUUAUUUACACUCAAUUGGUAAGCUGCAAAGAUAGUGACGACUUCUGCUUGUCAUCUCCACCCAAUUUUGGCAAAGCUGACAAUCUUUGCAGCAUUUCCGCAAUCAAAUCCUGGAACAGAAUGGACUGUGUCUUCAAGUUUUUGACGUCUCAUUCAGUUCAUAAUGAUCAUCUGGUAAUACCUUGAUUUCACUGGAUCUUACAGAUUACAGCUGUUUUGUUUUGUCAUCAAGGUCAUAGCCAACCUUGUAUUAUCUUUGAUAUACCUACUUAAUCUACAAAAUGAAGGGGCAUUUCUAACUGAGGCUUGGAGCUUCCAGUUGAAAUACGUGUGUUCCUAACAUUGCAUCUUAUAAAAAGAAAUUUGACGGUUCAAUCAUUAGUACCCCUUGGCCGCGUAAACAAGUCAAAGCAAGGCCUCGGUUUCUUCUAACUAUCCUCUCAGCAAGUAAAUAUCACAAGAUUAUUUGUAUUUGGAUGAGAAUAUCUGCUAUUGAUUAUGGAUUGAUGAAUUCCUUAUGUUUUAGGGAAUGAUUGUUAAGUUUAAUCUUUGCAUAAUUUCAUAAGUUCAGUAUUGCUUCAAAAUUUCAUUAAUUGGUUUC